AUGGAUACGGUGAAAGACCGUCUGGAGAUAGCCCCUCUGCCGGUCGCAACCAGAAGUUCCUCCGCCGCCCAUUUCUAUCCCUUCGCAACGUCGCCAGACAUCAUCCGCUCGCAUGAGAAGGACAUCUUCCUCACCGGCAGUCUGGUGAGCCAGGCCCAGUCGAUCAUCCGGGCUCUACGUGGUGCACGAUACGCACAUACACAUACAGAUGCAAUCAAAUGUCUGACGGAGAUUUUGUACUUCUCCCUGACGACCUUACUCGGAAACCGCACCCUGGGGGAGGAAUACUGCGACGUGGUACAAGUCGAGGACGACACGCUACAGCUGCCGUCGCUAUCGCGCCGGGCGGGCUACAUCCUCAGCAGUAUACUGGUUCCGUGGAUGCUCCAGCGGAUUCUCCCUGCGCUGCGACGACGACUUCGGGCCAAAUUGGAACACAGCAUCGCUCGGCAACAGCUACGCCAACAGCAACAACAACAGCAGCAGCAGCAGCGGCAGCAGGCAGACGCAUUCUAUUCUAAAAAGGCAACGAAACAGCCGGCUUCCAUAUCCAAGCUGCAGAUCCAGCGAUACAUCCUCGAGCACCUUGAUUCGAUCACCUCCGUGUCCCCGGUCUACGCGCUGAGCAUUGCCACGUUCUACUUUACGGGAUCGUACUACCACCUAUCGAAAAGGCUGUGGGGCCUCCGCUACGUGUUCACAAAGAGGAUCGAAGAGAGCGAACAGCGGAUCGGAUACGAAGUGCUGGGCGUGCUCAUGGUGCUACAGAUGACUGUGCAGGGAUUUCUCCAUGUUCGGCAAGUGGCACGCAGUCUACAGGAAGCCGGCUCGGGGACCCAGCUCGAGUCCGGCUCCGCAGGCGCGAGUAUUGCCGGUCAGAGUAGUCAUGAGAUCCCCGCGUUGGUCCGGUCCAUCCAACACCCGUCCUCCCUGCCCGUCCUCCCGGCCUCGAUGCCGCGUUACGAUCUCUCCCUGCAGGAUCAGCCCGUUCUUGCCUGGAUCCCGACGGGCCAGCAACGCAAAUGCACGCUCUGCCUCGAGUCGUUCAAGGAUCCCAGCGUCACCGCGUGCGGGCACGUCUUCUGCUGGACCUGCGUGCGCGACUGGGUGCGCGAGAAACCGGAAUGCCCCCUCUGUCGUCAGGGAUUGCUUCUUUCCAAGGUUCUUCCCUUGAGAUGA